UUGGCUGCAGCACCUUUCCGUUUCACCAUGGAUAUUUGGAGUAAAAGACUUCAAUUCUGGGGAAUUAUUGCACAGAUCACCCUGCUACUUUUCAGCUCGUACGGGUCAACUGGAGAAGAGGUGUGCGACAGUCCGCUGGUGUCCAAUCUCCUGCCGUCGUCCUUCAGAAGCUCCUCCCAGUUGUCCAACAGUCACGGGCCAGGCUUCGCAAAGCUCAACAGGAGAGAAGGAGCUGGAGGCUGGUCUCCUCUGAGCUCAGACAGCUUUCAGUGGCUGGAAGUUGACCUGGGUGGGCGGACCAAAAUUACUGCUGUGGCCACACAAGGCCGCUACGGCAGCUCUGAUUGGCUGACGGCCUACCUGCUGAUGUUCAGCGACACGGGACACAACUGGAAACAGUACCGGCAGGAAGACAGUAUAGGGGCUUUUCCAGGUAACAGCAACGCGGACAGCGUGGUCCAGCACACACUGCAGCAGCCGGUGGUCGCCCGCUACCUCCGCCUCAUCCCUCUGGACUGGAACCCCAACGGGCGGAUCGGACUCAGGCUGGAGACCUAUGGAUGUCCAUACAUCUCUGACGUGAUGAGCUUCGAUGGCGACAGCAGCCUUGUGUACAGGUUGAGUCCCAGGCCGAGGCAGAUGGCCAGAGAAACCAUCUCUCUGAAAUUUAAAACCCUAAGGAACUCUGGGAUACUGCUGCACGCAGAGGGACAGAGCGAACACAGCCUCACCCUGGAGUUAGUGAAAGGAAAGCUGCUCCUGCUCCUCCAACAAGGUAGGACCACCUCGCCUGAAAGCCAACGUCUCGUUUCCCUGGGCAGUCUGCUGGACGACCAACACUGGCACCAUGUAGCGGUGGAGCGUCACAGCUCUCACCUCAACCUCACCGUGGACAGAAGCACACAGUGGGUUCAGCUCCCAGCAAAGCUCACCCACUGGGACCUUCAGCAGCUGAGUGUGGGAGCGGGCCGGGGCCACAGCUCUCAGAGACCAGUCGUCUCAAACAGGAAUUUCCACGGCUGCCUGGAAAACCUGCUUUACAACGGCCUCACUCUGAUCGACCUGGCUAAACAGAAAGACCAGCGGGUUACUGUGGCGGGCAGUGUGACCUUUUCAUGUGCUGAGCCAGUUUCCAUUGCCAUGACGUUCACCAGCCCCAAGAGUUUCCUCUGGUUGCCAGGGGCAACAGAACCAUCAUCAGCGGGCGUGUCGGUGGGGCUCCAGUUUCGGACGUGGAACAAGGCGGGGCUGCUAUUGACCUUUGAGCUCCCAAAGCAGGGAGGUGUGGUCUGGCUGUACCUGAGUAAGAGCAGGCUCCAUCUGCACAUCCACAGGGCCGGCAGGGCUCUGCUGGAGCUUACCACAGGCUCAGCUCUGAAUGAUGGUCAGUGGCAUUCUGUGGAGCUGUACUCCAGACGGGGACGUCUGACCAUCUCUGUGGAUGGAGAUGAAGGAGCCACCGCUCAUGCCAGCCCCUCAUUUCCUGUUCCCAUGGGAAGUCACCUCUUCUUCGGUGGUUGCCUUGCAGAAGACAGCGGUCAGGAGUGCAGCAACCCCUUUAACGUUUUCCAGGGCUGCAUGCGUCUCCUGACUCUGGACAACCAGCCGGUGGACUUGAUCAUGGUGCAGCAGAGGCUGCUUGGAAACUACAGUGACUUGCAGAUCGACAUGUGCGGCAUCAUUGACAGAUGUUCUCCCAGUCGCUGUGAGCAUGGCAGCAGCUGCAGUCAGUCAUGGAGCACCUUCCACUGUAACUGUUCCAGCAGCGGCUACAGUGGAGCCACCUGUCACAGCUCGAUAUACGAGCAGUCCUGUGAGGCGUACAGACACAAAGGGAACACAUCAGGAUAUUAUUACAUUGAUGUGGAUGGCAGCGGACCCAUCAGACCCCAGAUGAUCUACUGCAACAUGACAGAGGCAAAGACGUGGAUGGUGAUCCAGCACAACAACACUGAGCUGACCAGAGUUCGAUCGUCCCAGGGAAAGAACCAGCACUCGGUCCACUUUGAAUACACAUCUGAAGAGGAGCAGUUAGUGGGCAUCAUCAGCCAAUCAGAACACUGUGAACAGGAGCUGGUUUACCACUGCAGGAGGUCCCGCCUCCUCAACACACCAGAGGGCUCACCACUCAGCUGGUGGGUGGGAGGUCCAGGUGCGGGGCGAGUCCAAACUUACUGGGGCGGGGCUCCACCGGGCAGCCAGCAGUGUGCCUGCGGCCUGCAGGAGAACUGCAUCGACCCAAAGCACUACUGCAACUGUGACGCCGACCACACCGAAUGGGCAAAUGACUCAGGCCUGCUGACCCAUAAGGAGACCCUCCCUGUCAGGUCUGUGGUGCUGGGUGAUGUCCAGAGGCCAGGGUCAGAGGGGGCCUACAGGGUGGGACCACUCCGUUGCUAUGGAGACAAGAACUUCUGGAAUGCAGCUUUUUUUGACAAGGAGACCUCGUACCUCCACUUCCCCACGUUCCACGGAGAGCUGAGUGCUGAUAUCUCCUUCCUGUUCAAAACCACAUCGUCCUCUGGCGUCUUCCUAGAAAACUUGGGCAUCAAAGAUUUCAUCCGGAUCGAACUCAGCUCCUCCACCGAGGUCCUCUUCUCCUUUGAUGUGGGCAAUGGGCCGCUGGAGGUCCGCGUGGAGGCCAGCAUCCCACUGAACGACAACAGGUGGCACCGAGUUCAUGCAGAGCGCAACGUCAAGGAGGCGUCGCUUCGCCUUGAUGAUCUCCCUGCUGCCACGCAGGAGGCUCCUGCUGAUGGACACAUCCAUCUGCAGCUGAACAGCCAAUUAUUCAUAGGAGGCACGGCGUCCAGGCAGAAGGGCUUCCGGGGCUGCAUUCGCUCUCUCCAGCUGAAUGGCCUCACCCUCGACUUGGAGGAGAGGGCGAAGAUCACCCCUGGGGUUCGACCUGGAUGUCCGGGUCACUGCAGCAGCUACGGCUCGCUCUGCCAGAACCAUGGCCGCUGUGUGGAGAGACCCAAGGGCUUCUCCUGCGACUGCAGCCUGUCAGCCUACACCGGAGCCUUCUGCAACAGAGAGGUUUCAGGCAGCUUCAAGUCAGGCACGUCGGUCAGCUACACCUUCAAAGAGCCCUACGAGCUGAACAGGAACAGCAGCACCCUGCCCUCCUCCAUCUACUCGGACAUGACGCUGAGAGCUGAAAACAUUUCCCUGAGCUUCAGGACCAGUCAGAGUCCGGCUCUGCUCCUCUACAUCAGCUCCUACUACAGAGAAUACCUGGCCGUGCUGGUCAACAGGCAUGACAAGCUGGAGGUGAGGUACAAGCUGGAUAGCAGCAGGGAGGCUGAGGUGCUGAGGAGCAGAGUGAGGAGCCUGGCCAACGGACAGCUACACACCGUCACCAUCAGCAGGCUGGCAGACACUGUCUCUGUCCAGAUUGACCAGAAUGCCAGAGAGCACUUCAACCUGACCUUUGAUGUGGAAUUCAAUGCCGUCAAGUCGCUGGUUUUGGGCAGAGUGCAUGACUCGGGUGAUUUGGAUCCAGAGCUGGCCAGGCCUGCUUCACUAGGUUUCACAGGCUGUCUGUCAUCAGUCCACUUCAACUCCGUCAGCCCUCUGAAAGCUGCUCUGCUCCAUCCAGACAGCAGCCCUGUCAUCAUCACGGGCCCACUGGCUCAGUCCAGCUGUGGAUCCUCCACUUCAGCCAAUCCCUACGCAGCAGAAACCACACACCACCUAUCAGACCAGUCUGGUUCAGUGGGUACAGGGCAACCUUUAGUCAAUGCCAUCAGGAGUGACUCAGCUCUAAUUGGAGGUGUGAUCGCGGUGGUGAUCUUUGUGACUGUGUCUGCGCUGGCAAUCAUGGCCAGAUUCCUCUACCGAAGGAAAGGGACAUUUCAGAGCCAGGAGGUAAAAGGAGUAAAACGCGAAGACAGCCCAGAGUUGCCGUUCAACAGCCAGGCCAACUCCCAGAACGGUCCAAGCGAGAGCCAAAAGGAAUAUUUCAUUUAGGGUGGAGUGCUGACCCACCGAUGACCUGGCAGUGUUGGAGCUGAGCAAACAGACAGAGAUGCCUUGCCGAGCCUCAAUGCUUUACACACAAACAAACGAGAAAAAAAAAAAGAAAAAAAAACUCCACCCACUGCAGUAGUGGUUCAACCUGACUGGAAAAUGAAAAAAUGAACAAUUCACUUGUGUUUUUUUUUUCUUCUUUUAUUUUCGGUGGUUGUAUUUUUGUAAAGAGUCUAUAUAGCAGCACAGAUGCAACGUGUUGAAUUUAAAAGGUGUUGAUACUGUCAGCUGAACAGUUGUAAAUAUUUGAUCAUGUAAAUGUUAAGACGAUGACUUUAUAACAAUCUCUAUCUUUCUCCGUCGUAUUGAAAUGUUGCAGAUGAUUCGAUUAGCAGUGAGUGAAGAGAAGACAACUUUGUGGCGUCUUGGGUUGAUUUAUAUGCAUUUUCCUAUUAGUAUGAUGACAGUUUGCUGUUUUGGCUAUUAGAGUGUCUGAGCCAGGCUUGUUCUUGUCAUAAACCAUUUGGAGGCCACAGAUGGAUUAACACAGGUAUUUCUUUCUUUGUUUAAGUCUCUUUGCCCCUUUAUAUGACAGCAGAAUAUGUCAUUUCUAGUUUUAUAAAGCUCCUACUGAAGUUCUUUACAUUUUAUUCUAAUUUUAAGACACUGUUUUUUUUUUUCUUUAUGUUACAACUUGAAGCAAAGCUUAGCCUAUUUCUCUUUUCCCUGUGGCUUACCUCCUGCCAGCUCUCAAAACGGCUCUGAGCGGCAAAGCUUUUGAGACAGACACCAGCACCGCGGACUACAAAAUACUCUGGCUGGCUGUCUUCCCCCCCCCCUCAUUCCACACCAAGAUCUUUAAAAUAUCUUUGAGAUGCUAAUCUGAGUUUUUCUGAUGGGCAGAGCGAUAAUCAGAAAUUAAGAUCAUAUUGGAGCACCGGACAAGGAGAUGUGGAUAACAUGAAAACUGGCCAUUCUGACAUGAGUGUUGUACAUUUAACUGUUUGUAUUCAUGUAUAAAAUUCUGUUCAGCCACAGCCGGCAGUGUAAAUAGGCAGAGAAUAAGGUUUACCUGUUUAUCAAACACACCUCGCUGUCUCCUUGCUAGUUUCCUGGAGCACAGAUUUAAAGUGGGGACUUGAAUUUUAAUAGGAGCUUGUUUAAAAAAAAAAACAAACAAACUCAAAAGUACAUUUUUCCACUUGUUUGUUGGUUUUCCUGUGGCCAGAUUUUAUUCUAUUUUUCAGGGAGGAAAUUCUUAAAAAUACCUUGAUAAUUUAUGAAAAACAUUGUCUGCACAUAGUCGAUUCAUAUUGUGCAUCCUGAGCAAUGCAGUUCCCCUGCAUUAGGCAAACAACGUACACUGCACCAAAAAGGCUGUCCAUAUGGUUAUGUUGGAGCCAAACAUGCGUAAAGUGACAUGUUAAACAGUGAAAUGACAUGAAAUGAAUACUAUGAACUGAAAAGAUGCAUAUGCAGUUUUGUACCAUAUUUUCACUGUUAUUUAUGCAUAACAGUGCAGGAAAUAAGGAGCCUGAAUCUUAAAAUUUUCAUGGAGAGGAACACUAAACCCCUGCUUAUGUAAAAAAGGUUGCCAAGUUUUGUUCUUACCCUCGGUGGUGAAAGCAUAAUUCCAGCUAUGGUGAAUGUUAAGCCCAUUUUUCAGCGUGCUCUCUCUCUCACCUGUGAGAUCCCUGCAUUUUUGUCUUUUUCAUUUGUUUUUUAUUUUCAUUGAAACCUGUUACUAGAGGUAUUUCAGAUAUCCUCCCCCACAGUGUAGUACAUCUAAAUUUUGAAACAGGUCUCAGAACAGAUUAGAAUCAUGCACCGAACGUGAAUUGGAGUAGAAAGGACUCCAAUUCACGUUCACAGCAGUAUAGCAGGAUGGUCGGAGCGGCAGCUAUUUUUGUAUGCAUCAUUGCCACUGCAAAGAACUGUGGCCAUUGUACCAGGAUAACUUCUGUAUAAUCCAACUUGCAGCAAGUGGCUGACUCACUGAGGUGAGGUUUCGCAGCAGUGAUCAAAUGAGCAGUGGAGUGUGGAGCAUGGAGAGGCUCCUCGUGCUGCUGGAGCUAGACCUCCUGGUGGUAACUAUUAACGCUGAUCACUGCUUUUAGCAAGCAGCCACAGCACAGCACACCUUCUCAGCUCUCAGGCUAGGGUGACACGCCGACUUGCGUUGUCACUGUUUGCGUUGAUGAUGUUAAAAAAAUGAGACAGAACAUCCUGCAUGCAUGCUGGGAGGAUAUAAUGCUUUAUUGGAGGGUGUUCCACCACUGAACAUCCAAUAACUACUGUAUUAUACAACCCAUAACAGUAGCCACAGCAACUAACCACAACCACCAUUUCAUCCUGUACCAGCCAAAUGAUCAUUGCAAACAGUUCAGUGAGCAUUAUACUCUAUUCAAAUUCUGUGAAGUCACAAUUUUUAUUAUCAAUAGGUCCAAGUGAUUUGCAUCUACAUGUUGAAGAAUAAAACUUUAUUACUUAACACUUAACAUAACCUUCCUGCUGGCUGUAGUGAUGAGAAACUCACCAUUCUGCUGCAGGUGUAAACCCA